AUGCAUCGACUUAACAACGCCAAAUGCGAACUCAUGGUCAAUCACAUCUGGUCGCAGCAGGCACAGAAUCUUUGGUUCACUGGAGGCGAAGAAGAGGGUGUGGUCAUCAAGGCAGGACGCGACCAGUACGUGUGUUGCCCUCCAGACUUGCGAAGACCUGAUGGUAUCUUUGAAGCGAUUCAGGCCUUGAACGUCAAGAUUGAACGAGGCCUCAUGCAAUUGGUCUGGUCCAUUCAAGCCGAAGAGGGCUACUCGGAGAAGGAGAAGAACGAUAGGGUGUCUGUCCACGAAAUGGACAUCACUGCAAGCGAAGAGGACCUGACAGAGAAACCCCGUCGCAUAGUGCUACUCCACUCGAUCACGACCGCGAUCACCCUCUGUCUGAUCAUCAUUACCCUCGGCGCCGGCUACAGAAAAAUCGUUCAGGAGAUUGCUUUGGAUAGAAGCUACAUCCGUUUGGCAUUGAUCGCGGUUGCCCCAGUCACCAUAUGGGUCUCGUUUUUCUUCUUCCAGGCUCUUGUUGGCAACAUAUUCCAGAUCUUCGGCCCAAUUAGUCAGGUGCAGAGUAACACCAAGUACUAUUCUGGGCUACCACCAAAGCGACUGCCAACUGGCUCUUCAUUGCCUCACGUCACCAUCCAAUGCCCGGUCUACAAAGAAGGCUUGCAGUCUGUCAUCGCUCCAACAGUGUUUUCGAUCAAAGCUGCCAUCUCGACGUAUGAGAUGCAAGGUGGCACUGCAGAUAUCUUCAUCAACGACGAUGGCAUGCAGUUGCUGUCCCGUGAAGAAUCCCAAGCUCGCAUGGACUUCUACGAAGAACAUAGUAUCGGAUGGGUGGCUCGACCUCGUCAUGAUCCAAAAGGAGAGCACAAUGAGGUUCCGUUCAUCCGUCGCGGUAAAUUCAAGAAGGCGUCGAACAUGAAUUAUGCUCUGUGGGUCAGCAACCGCAUCGAGGAAAAGAUGAUUGACCCAAGCCCUAGACCAGAAUACUGGACUCAACAGGAUGAAGCUGGUCUGUACGCUCAAGCGCUUGAGGAAAUCGUUGAAGAAGACGAGAACCGUACCUGGGCCGAUGGCAAUGUUCGCAUGGGCGACUUUAUUCUUCUCAUCGAUUCCGACACGAGAGUACCGACUGAUUGCCUGCUCGAUGCGGUCAGCGAGAUGACGCACUCACCACAAGUGGCCAUCAUCCAAUAUUCUUCCGGAGUCAUGAAUGUUACGGAUAACUUCUUCGAGAAUGGCAUUACGUUCUUCACGAACAUGGUGUAUACACAAAUCAAAUACGCAAUCGCAAACGGCGACAAAUACUGGUCCGAGUCCACUGUAUCGGAAGACUUUGACAUGGCUCUUCGCUUGCAGUCCGAGGGUUAUCUUGUGCGAUUUGGCGCAUAUACGGGCGACGGGUUCAAAGAAGGUGUUUCACUCACUGUGUACGACGAGCUGGCUCGCUGGGAAAAGUAUGCUUUUGGCUGCAGCGAGCUAUUGUUCCAUCCACUACGUUAUUGGAUAUUCAGAGGGCCCUUUACGAAACUGUUCCGCGAUUUCAUCUGCUCGGGGAUGCCGCUACCAUCGAAGCUUACCAUCUUGUCGUACAUCGGGACCUACUAUGCCAUCGGCUGUGCAUGGCUCCUUACCCUGCUCAACUAUUUCAUCGUCGGCUGGUACAAUACUGUGCUCGACAAGUACUAUCGCAACUCCUUCCAAGUCUAUCUUUCUAUCAUUGUGGUCUUUACCGGACUUGGAAAUGUCGCUCUCGCAGUCCUCCGCUACCGCAUCGGCGAACAAUCCCUCCUCCGCUCUCUGCUCACAAACUUCAUGUGGAUCCCUCUCAUGACAAUCUUCCUCGGCGGUCUGUCCCUCCACGUCUCGCAAGCUUUGCUUUCCCAUCUCGUGGGCAUCGACAUGAAUUGGGGCGCCACGUCCAAAGAAGCCGAAAACACCACCUUCUUCAACGAAGUGCCCAAAGUCAUCAAAAAGUUUGGCUUUACGUUUUUGUUUUGCAUCACUGCGGCGAUUGCCAUGGUGGUGCUUGCUUGUGUGGUUCCCUACAACUGGAGGAUCGAUCAGUUUUUUGCGAUUUAUCCGCUUGCGACUGUGGUGGUUAGUCAUUUCUUGUUGCCGAUUGCGUUGAAUCCCAGUUUGAUGUUGUUUACGUGGUAG